GAGUUGCACCACAAAAACAAAGCAGGGACGCAUACUAAACACCUUAUCAUUACAGUAAUAUUACUACAGAGCAUGUUUGAAAGGCCUGGUCAUCAAAGGGUUAAACCAUAAAUGGAAAAUUGUUAAGACUUUAAAACCCAUUUGCCCCCUUGAAAAUUUUAUCAUCAUCUGUAAUGCAAUCCUUCACUACGUAGUUCACUCACACACUAAGUUCAUUUAUUCAUUUCAAACUAUUACUCUCAUGUCUAACUAACUCAUCCUGACUCUGUGGACUUUAUCACUGCACUGUGUGACUGUGACUAUUAUCAUAACCUGGUAAACAUAUGCUCUUUUUACUGCAGGAGCAAGUUUUGAUCAUUGUCUAUCACCCAAUCUUCUGAAAAAAUGGUGUUAUUUGUAGCCUUCAACCGUCUUGGAUAUGUGAGCUUGAUAAGCACUCCAAAGUCUCCACUCAUACUGUUAGACAGACUGAAUGCACAGGCUAAGGCAUCAACAAGAAACAUCCACUGCAGCUGUGCUUAUGGAUCAGACAGUCGCCCUACUGGUCCCCAAGCCAAAUAUUUUCCUGCUGUAAAAACUCCUAUGCUUCCUGCAGGAACUUUCAAUGGCAAGACAGCAUUCAUCACAGGAGGAGGAACUGGUCUGGGAAGAGGCAUGGCCUUGAUGCUCAGCAGCCUUGGAGCUAAUGUCGUCAUUGCUGCCAGACGACUGCCGGUGCUGGAGUCGACAGCGGCCGUGAUCACCGCCGCCACCGGGGGAGCUGUGCUGCCGCUGUCCAUGGAUGUCCGUGAGGGCGGCAGCGUCGCGUCUGCCAUGCAGGCAUGCGAGGAGAAAUUUGGUCUGCCUGGCAUCGUCAUUAACAACGCUGCUGGCAACUUCAUAUCUCCGACAGAGCGUCUGAGCGCCAAUGCGUGGCGCACCAUCACAGACAUCGUCCUGAACGGCACGGCAAACGUCACCAUCGAAGCUGGCAAACGACUUAUUAAAGCGCAGCAAGGCGCUGCGUUCCUGAACAUCACGACGCCAUACACGCGCUCCGGCACAGGCUUCGUGUGCCCCAGCGCUGCUGCUAAGGCCGGCGUUGAGGCCAUGAGCAAAUCACUGAGUUCGGAAUGGGGGCGGUACGGCCUGCGUUUCAAUUGCCUGGCGCCCGGGCCUGUAGAGACCGAGGGCGCCUUCAGCAGACUGGACCCCACGGGCAGCUUCGUGAACGAGGCGCACAAGCGUAUCCCCGCCGGCCGUCUGGGUGAGGUGGAGGAGAUCGCCAACCUCGCCUGCUUCCUCGUGUCUGACUACUCCUCGUGGAUCUCGGGGGAGAGCAUAGCCAUCGACGGUGGCUGCUACCCCUUCCUAGCGGGCGAGUUCAACGUCCUCCAGCGCGUCAAGCCUGAGGAGUGGGACGCUCUUGAAGCCAUCAUCAGGGCCAGCAACAAAAAGCAGAAACAAAAAUAAUGGCCGAACAUCUGUACAGUUUUUUUUUAAAUCGAAAUGCAUUUUCUUCGUCAGCAAUAUAGGCUUCAGGUAGAUAUUAUAUUUUUGUAUCGCGCUUCAUGGUUGGCGCAACCCAAUUCCACUGAUAGUAAGUAAUCAGUGGUGUCUCACUAGACGGAAUACUGCACGACUUAUAAUUUCUUAACUUCAACUCCAUCGAGUGCCAUUCAACUCGUUUCAUUAGAAGCCUUGUUGGCUAACAUAAACUAAGCCUUUGUUACUAUUGACGAGACUUGAGUUGGUAUCGUCAUUGUGUUACGAUGUUGAAGCUUUCAUUUGAUUGAAGUUUUCGUGUCGUUUCCAUACAUUAAUGGAGUCUUUAUAUAUACGUAUCCUGUUAUAAUUUUUCUUAGUGGCGACGAUGUUUAAAAAAUAUUCUAUUUGUGGUUACACGUGCCUUGUUAUCAAAGUGCAAUUCAGUCUAACACGAGUCGAGAAAAUGUACAGUUCGGGCAAACUCGCAACUCAUUUCUCGCGCAUGGUCCUUAGAAUUUCAUUAUUUAUAU